AUGGCUCUGGUGAAACUGGAUAUGAAGUGUUUAGCUUCCGUGUUGAUGUUAAUUUUGGGUCACACUGCUGUAGCUUCUGCUCGGGAGGUAUUACUUGUCCAAAAUGCAUCAUCAGGGGGCGUCGUCUACCAUGUCGUACCAACUACGGACUCUGAUGACAAUGAACUUGGAAGUCGCAGCGAGGAUGGUGACGCCGACGGUCAUCAUGGCGAAACAUACGAAAGAUACCCUGUUGCAGAGUUGAACUGGUGGCACGUUGAGACACCUUACCUGAUAUCCUUAUGGGUGCUUUUUGCUAGCUAUGCAAAGAUUGCGUUUCAUCUGUCAAAUCGACUAGCAAAGAUCUUUCCAGAGAGCUGCUUGCUGAUUAUUCUUGGUAUAAUUGUUGGAGUAAUUAUCUACUUUGCAGCCAACGAUGUUAUCGACGAUUACACUCUUGACAGCGACACUUUCUUCUUGUUCUUACUUCCGCCCAUUGUUCUAGAAGCCGGUUACUUUAUGCCCAAUCGUGCUUUCUUCGACAACAUUGGAACAAUUUUACUCUAUGCAGUUUUAGGGACUCUUUUUAAUUGCUUUGCCAUCGGUGCAUCCCUCUAUGGCAUCGUUUGUCUUGGAUGGGUGUCUGUACCGUUAGACUUUCUGGAUUGCUUGGUAUUCAGCAGUUUGAUAUCUGCGGUUGAUCCCGUUGCCGUGCUGGCCGUGUUUGAAGAAGUGCACGUAAAUGAAUCUUUGUAUAUACUUGUAUUCGGGGAAUCAUUGCUCAAUGAUGCAGUCACUGUGGUGUUAUACAGAAUGUUCAAACAAUUCGCUGUGAUGGGAAGCGAGAACCGACAGUCUGUUGACUAUGUGCUUGGUUUGACAUCUUUCUUCGUUAUCAGUAUUGGCGGUACACUUAUAGGUAUCAUAUGGGGUCUACUGACGGGAUUUGUCACCAAAUUUACAGAUCAUGUCCGAGUGAUUGAACCAUUGUUUGUGUUUCUCAUGAGUUAUCUCUCCUACCUCACUGCUGAAAUAUUUGGUUUCUCUGGAAUCAUGGCAAUUGUAUUUUGUGGAAUCAUCAUGAAAAAAUACGUAGAAGCUAAUAUAUCACAGAAAUCGCACACUACUGUCAAAUAUUUUAUGAAGAUGUUGAGUAGUAUAAGUGAAACUAUUAUUUUCAUGUUUCUGGGUUUAUCAGCGGUUCAAGAUGACCAUGUAUGGGAUAUAGCGUUCAUUCUUUGUACGCUGUUCUUUUGUUUGUUCUACAGAGCGACAGGUGUCAUUGUAUUAACCGCACUUGCUAAUUGGUUUCGAGCAAUCAAAGUGAACAAAGUGGAACAGUUCAUCAUGGCUUAUGGCGGUUUGAGAGGUGCUAUAGCAUUCUCACUCGUCGUACUUUUAGAAGCCCCUACCCCAGGACUACAAACUAAGAAAGCGUUAAUGAGUACUACAUGUCUAAUUGUUAUAUUUUUUACUGUCUUUGUACAGAUGCACACUUGUCAUUUACCUUAA